CAGAAGCGACGUAUAAUACGUGUAGCACCAACCGGAAAUGGAUAUCUGAAGUCACAUUGAAGUCUAAACCUCAGUCUCGGCAGUAGCAGGACCGGUGAUCAGUCGACCCAUUCCUGAUGACUUAAUUUUGCUGACCAUUGAUAAUGUUUUCCUCAAAGGUCGUCCCUCGUCUGAAUCUUUUACGCAGAGCAACGAGUGCAUUUCAAGCCCAUGGAGAACUAUUCAGUGGAUGUGCGAAACCAGUCAUUCCCGCUCGCAGCUCCUCGCUACAACACAAACUCGUUAGAAACUACUCGACAGCAGCAGACAACACGUCCCCUCCGCGGUGGAUCCAGCUGGAACCCGAGCUGGACGAGGCCCUCGUGCCGCGCAAGCUGUCGGUGAGCCCCCUGGAGAGCUGGCUCUCUCUGCGCUACUCCCUCCCCCCCCUGCUGGAGGCCGCUCAGCCCCAGGGGGACGCGGGGCUGCUGGAGGAGAUGGUCCUGCCUCCGAUCUCGGUCCCGGUUUUGGAGGACGGAGAGGGAUCGGCGACACCCAUGAGGUGUAAGAAUGUCCUCGAGAUCCGACGGCGGAAGAUGAACCGGCAUAAGUACAAGAAGCUGCAAAAGCGGACAAAAUUCUUAAAGAGGAGGGUGAUGGAGGGCAGAGGGAGGAAGAAGCAGAAACGGUUUGAGGAGGAUCUGGAGAGGAUUUGGAAGCGAGCUGGGCUGAAGAAGGCUCCAGAGGGAUGGACAGCACCUAAGAUCUUCAUCAAGCAGCACGGGAACAGGAGGAGCUGAGAAAC